AUGGCAAUCAAAGAUGGUCAGAGUAACGAGUUUCAGAAGCUGGCUUACAAGUCUUUGAGCAACUACUUCCAGGAGCACGCGGAUGAAGUUAUUGAGAUUGAGAUUCUGCCUCCUGCUAUACAGCCGCCGGAUGGUAUUACCAUGCAAGACGGAUCGAGCCUAGGAAUCCCGAAAAAGGUACUCGCCUUGGCUUAUGUGGAAGCUCGGCACCUGUUCUUCAUGAAGGACCGGGGGACUCAGGACCUACUGGCUAGUUCAUGGGCAUUGCAAGCGACAAAGAUCAUACUUCUGUUCGAUCCUGAGCAUCUUACUGCAGCAAAUUACCGGAAGCGCACACUGUCGCUGCUAAGAAAUGAGCACGGCCCUCAUGUUGGGACCCCAUAUCACAGAGCACUACGUCAAGAGCUUUGCUUUCUAAACAGUAUCCUCACAUCUCCACUUCAUCGUCAGUCUAAGUCGCCUACGUUAUGGUAUCACCGCUCGAAUAUCGUGGAAUCUUUGAGACUCAUCGAACUGAACGAUGCGCCGCAAGACCGCAUAGCAGAAUUUUGGCACAGUGAACUCGCUGCUGUUUGCAAGUCUGGAGAGCAGCAUCCUAAGAAUUACCACGCUUGGCAGUAUGCUCGUAAGCUUGUACACAAGAUCGAGAGCCAUGGAUUGGCCGAUGAUGUCGCUCGUCGUGUUAAGGACUGGUGUUGCAGACACCCAAGCGAUAUUUCUGGUUGGUCUUUCAUGCUGUGUUUGAUGCCUAUCACAGCUGCGUCGUUACAGCAAGAGCUAGUGGGAGAUGUCAUCAACUACGCGAUCAGUCUCGACUGUACACAAGAGUCACUUUGGAUAUUCAUACGUACAAGUCUAGCGCUAAGCAGCACUACGUUUUUAACGUCCUACCAAUCGCUACAAGCUUAUAAAAAGGAUCUGGAGGAAACCGAUAGGCACCCAGUGGCAAUGGAACGCGUGUGCAAUGCUAUAACCUGGAUUGACACCCAUCGACAGUCAGGCACGUGA